CUCAGAGUGGAUGAUCAUGCAGUGGUGGCAGUUGAAGUUGGCUGUGGAAUGCAUAUUUUUAUGUGUCUCCAGCCAGUCCUUACAGCAGAAGAGAAGGUGUUUUUUCAAAGUGAAUGAAACAAGUAAGAAGUACGUACUCACUGCUGGUGGCAAUGUGAGCGGGUCUGUGCAACUCUGUGAGAACAGCCACUGCUGUGUGGGCUACUACGUGAUCAUUAACGGCACACCAAAAGUCAACGCUCUUGCUUGUGACAGGUAUGAAAAGUCAUGCCCAGAUCCAAUCUGCAAGGCACAACCCCGCAGCAACAAUGAACAUUUUGUAUGUGUGUGUAACACAGACUUCUGCAAUGGCAACAUUAAUUGGGGAACAGAAGAGAACUCAUACAACAACUCUUUUUCAGUUGUGUUCAUGAAAACUGCCAUAAAGCUGGUUGUGAUUUUGAUCUUCAUGUGUUUCCUGAUUAUUGCUGCUGCUAAAUGCAGAAGUGGAGCAGAAAAGAAAAAAGAGAAGCUACAAUCCUGCAGUCACGAUUUUGGGGUCCUGCCCUCCUGUUCCUCCCAAAUGACAAAAGCCUCUGAGAUCAACAUCAGUCAGAUUGAACUACAGCAGAUCGUGGGCCGAGGGCAUUUUGCAACAGUUUUUCAAGCAGCAUACAAGGGCUCAGUGGUGGCUGUUAAAUUUUUACCUGCAGCCUAUGAACAGUUUUUUACCACAGAAAAGGAGAUUUAUAAGCUACCAUUGCUGAAGCAUGCUGGGAUUGUGAACUUUCUCGGGACUGGGAAAGCAGAUGACAAAAGCUGCUUCAUCGUGCUGGAAUUUGCUGAAUAUGGAUCUCUUCAUUCCUUUCUGAGCAAGAACACCAUGAGCUGGAUGUCGUCACUGAAGUUGUGCCAGUCUUUAUCACAGGGACUGUCCUAUCUCCACUCUGACCUUCUCAGCCAUGGUGUGCACAAACCUCCCGUGGCCCACAGAGACCUCAACAGCUUCAAUGUGCUGGUGAGAGCAGAUGGUACCUGUGCCCUGUGUGAUUUUGGAUGUUCUGCCAUCCUGUGUUGUUAUUCAGGGGGUUACCGCUGGCACAACCAGAGCACAAAUAUAAAGGUUAUCAAACUGGGCACACUGAACUACAUGGCUCCUGAGAUCCUGGAAGACUUUGUAAACCUGAACAGCAUGUUCCUCAUGCAGGCGGACGUUUAUGCUUUGGGUCUACUGCUGUGGGAGAUCUGGAUGCGCUGCUCUGAUUUAUUUGAAGACAACGCUACACCACAACAUCUUAUGCCAUACGAAUUGGAGCUGGGAACCAAUGCAACAUUGGAGAAUUUCAUCCAGUACGUGUCGUAUAUGGACCAAAGACCCUCUAUACCUGAACACUGGGAGCUGCUACCACAGGGAGCUGACCUGACGGAGAUCGUAACAGACUGCUGGGACAGUGAGUCAGAUGCUCGACUGACAGCUCACAGGGUCGUGGAAAGAUUAAUCUCUCUUCAGUCUUCUUCCUCUCUGUGACUUAUUUGUCUUGGUUUUAGGUUUACCCGAUUUUUACUGUUUUCCUCUAGAGACCUUCAGUUAAAGAGUCUUCUAAGAAUUAUUUAACAUUUAGUAACAGUCAACAUUUUAUUUCUCCUAAUCAGAAUGAGACAGAACCUGUAUCUUCCUGUGGUAACUCAAAGCUGAGUUCAAUUGCAGAUUAGAUUUGAUCUCAUUACAACCACUGAUGGAUAAACUGGUUUUGCUGUUUCUUUGAGUGUCCACAGCAUUUGUGGACAUUUGUCCUGCUAUAUUAAGCCUCCAGCCUGCUCCUAAAAAGGAAGAAAAAAUAAUCUCCAGUCUUUAAAACAUCCUUUGUAGCCCUUAAAUUGGAAAAUUAUCUUUAUUUAACCAGGAAGUCCUGGGAUCAAAUAUAUUUUACAAGAAAGACCAAGGCCAAGGUAGCAGCCAUACAAGUUCAAAACAUCUCAAAAAUGCUACAGAUGUAUAUGUAUUUACAAGAUCUUCAACAUAAUAUAUAAAAUACAAGCACUCAGAACAUAAACUAUUCCUCCAAUUGUUGCUUCAGACAUACAAACGCAAUUUAACUUUCCCUAAACUGUGAUUGCAGCACUGAAAAACAAUGAUCAUCUCUUCUGUACAUAUCCUAUAUGGACAAAAGUAUUGAGGAAGGUGUAAUGUGUAGGCGGUCCAGUACUUUCGUCCACAUAGGCAUGAAGUCUUUUUUUUUGUUUUGUUAAAUUUGGCUUUGUAAUUGUCUAUUUUAUUGUGCUACAAAGACUGAAACACUAACUAUUGUAACCACUGUACACUUACACUACAUGGUAGUGAAAAGAACUCAGUCACAGCACAUUUCUUUGAAUGGCAGUGCAUAGGACAUACUCCAUUACAUGAUAUUCACAAACAUUUCUGUAGCGUGCACGAUCACAAAUGUUCACAAGCUAAAAGUUAUCUUUAGUUGUUUGACACAAACAAAAAAGCGAGUGAGUUUAUACUGUUGUUGUUGUUGUUGUUAUUUUUUAAACCUUAUACAUUUUUUUAAUGCACCAUUUUUAUUCUUGAGAAUCCAUCCAUCAUUUUCUUCUGUUUAUCCUUUCCAGAGGGCUGAAGCAUGUCAGUAUUUUUACUACAAUACUUGUAGUAAAAAUAGCAACUAUGGAUGUUGUAUUACUGUUACCAGCAUAAUAAAAAACAAAAACAUGUUUGUUUUUUUAACUUUAAUGAGUAAUUGAUGCGGUGGGUGGUGUUACCUCACUUGACUGUUUCAGAAAGCUACUUUAAUAAUUAAAUCUAAGGCUUACCUGUGAGUUAACUAACGGUCUAUGACUAAGAUGGUCAACAAUGAUCAGAAUAAUCAGGUGGAUUCAGAGGGGUAAAUAUAAAUGUAAGAUGUA